CCGAGACGACUCGUUCCCUGUAACAUUAAAGAUUCGUUUAUAGAGAACUAUGAUUUCAUCAUCAACCGGACCGCAGACAGAAAAGCAGCAAGAUAGCGCUCCUCAUUUCCACAUUACUGAACAAGUGAAAUCAAUCGGUUUGCCAUGGACGGGUGUGCGCAGAUGUGUAAAUGUUUCCUGAUCCUGUUUAACUUUCUGUUCGGUCUGGUGGGGUUCGGUCUGGUGGCUCUAGGAAUGUGGCUCCGGUUCGGAGCAGAGACCCGUGGGUUCUUCGACAUCGAUCUGAACACUGCUCAGUUCAACAUCGGAGUGUCGGUGCUGGUGGUCACCGGGUGCCUGAUGCUGGUGAUGGCCAUCAUCGGUGACUGUGGUGCCUGCAACAACAGCAAAGCAGCUCUCGGUGUGUUUUCUGGCCUGCUGACCGUUCUGAUCAUCAUUGAAAUCGCAGCUGGUGUGAUGGCCUUCAUGUGGAGUGACCGGGUGUCAGGUGAGUUGGUGAACUUCUAUAAAACAAUCUACGCUCAGUAUCUCAACACCAGGAGCCCCGCUCAAGCCGUCACCCUAAAACUGUUCCACAACACUUUCGACUGCUGCGGAGGCGCUGGAUUGAUUGAUAUUUUGGUGCAAGACACCUGUCCAAAAGCCAGCUUCCUGGAGCAGUUCACGUAUUCUAGCUGUCCCAGUGCGAUCGAUGAGGUCUUCGACGCGAAAGCACCGCUGGUGUUGGGAGGGUUUCUGGGGACAGCAGGAAUCAUGGUGAGUCCGUUUAGAGCUCUCUAAAACACUUAACAAAUC